GAGAUUAGUGUAUCUGCAGCUCUGUGUCUCCAAAAACUCUCUCUCACACACACACACACACGCUCUCUCUCACACACACCGGGCGAAGCUCGUUCAUAAGUAUUAUCCAGGGUAGUCUCGUUUCAGCUCAGCAUCAUGUGUGACCAGACGUUUUUAGCGAUCACGUUCGGCUCCUGCGACAACUGCAGCCAGACCAAACCCCUGAUGAACAUCUACCUGCAGAAUGAGCCAGUCAACUACUGUUCUCUGUGUGUGGAGAAGAUGGCGUGUCAUGGUCUGAGGAAGGGAGAGAGCUUGGCAUCUCUGAAGGCUGAAGCGGAGAGUCUAAAGAUGAAGCUGGAGCAGGAGAGAGGAAAACUUCAUGAUGCAGAGUUGAAGCAGGUGGCAGAGAAAGUAGAAGCUCUGGGUUCGUUCACGCUGAAGAGUCGACGCAUCCUGAAGGGCCACAGUAACAAAGUGCUGUGUCUCGACUGGUGCAGUGACAAGAGACGCAUAGUCAGCUCAUCACAGGACGGGAAGGUCAUCAUCUGGGACGCCUUCACAACUAACAAGGAGCAUGGCGUGACCAUGCCGUGUACAUGGGUGUUAGCGUGUGCAUAUGCUCCCUCUGGCUGUGUGAUAGCGUGUGGUGGAUUGGAUAAUAAAUGCUCUGUCUAUCCUCUGUCUCUGGAUAAGAGUGAGAAUUUGGCAGCAAAGAGGAAGCAGGUGGCCGUUCAUACCAACUAUCUCUCCGCCUGCAGCUUCACCAACUCCGACAUGCAGCUCCUGACCUCCAGCGGUGAUGGGACAUGUGCAUUAUGGGAUGUGGAGAGCGGGCAGCUGCUGCAGAGUUUCCAUGGUCACUCAGCCGAUGUGCUCUCAUUGGACCUGGCGCCGUCUGAGACUGGAAACACCUUUGUCUCUGGAGGUUGUGAUAAGAAGGCUAAUGUGUGGGACAUGCGGUCUGGUCAGAACAUCCAGUCCUUUGACACUCACGAGUCGGACAUCAAUGCUGUAAAGUACUAUCCGAGUGGUGAUGCUUUUGCCUCUGCGUCUGAUGAUGCUACAUGCCGUCUGUAUGACCUGAGGGCCGACCGUGAAGUGGCUGUCUACUCUAAAGAGAGCGUCAUCUUCGGUGCCUCCAGUGUGGACUUCUCCCUGAGUGGGCGUCUGUUGUUUGCUGGCUAUAACGACUACACUAUAAACAUAUGGGACGUGUUAAAGGGGACCCGGGCUGCGAUCCUGUAUGGCCACGAGAACCGGGUCAGUAAGGUCAGAGUGUCGCCCGACGGUACCACGUUCUGCUCGGCAUCGUGGGACAACACACUGCGGAUCUGGGCUUGAGUCGAGUCCUGGGUGUCUGAUGGAUCUGAUACUGUAUGAUGGUGGAUUCACACCAGACUCGUUUUUUUUACACAUUGCUCUCUCAGUUUUUGGUCUCAGAGCUGAUCAGAAGAUCGGACGUAAAUAAUUUAACCCUGUUUAUAAUCCAGGGUCCAGGAGAAAUGUGUGUGUAGAUGUAGUCAUGUGAUAUAAAUGACUUUAUACAGUAUAAUAAACACACAUAUAAAUAUAAUAAUCAUCUUCAUGUAGUCAGAAAUCUAAUGUUCAUCAUGAAUAUUAUAAUUAAAGUGAUUGUCUUCAG